AUGUCUUCUCAAUUGACACAACCAUCGAGCCCCUCAAUCCCACGCAUCUUCUCUAGAUUUAGUUCGUACCUCUUCUCAAUUCUCUUCCAUAUGGAUGCAGAAGUUGGUGACCUUCAAGAUGAGACGGCUCUACGAGAUCUUUUCGCAUUGCGGGAAUCGUAUGAUCGUAUUGGAGAAAAAUUUGCGCAGCAAACCCAAAUUCUCAUUCUACAAACCACCACUGGAGCUGGAAAAACUGAUCUGAAAAAUGAAGCCAAGGAAGUUGCUUCUCAGUGUUCCUUAGCGGAAGAAGAAAUUACCAAUUUGAUUGCCCAAGUGAAGGUCAAUAGGUCUCUCAACAAGACGGAGGAAUUAACAAUAAAUCAACCAGAUUUUUCUGUGCUCAUCAAUGCACUUACCGACAACAUAAAUGAGCAAAAGAAGCAACGUGAAGCUGACUCUGAGAACAUGAAACAAUUUUUCAGAGCUCAGGAAGAACAGAUGAAAUUGAUGUUACCUUCUGGUGGACCAGCCAUCGUCGAAGAAGUGGAGAGAAUAAAACUUCCGCAAUUUUCUGGCGAUUAUCUGGAGUGGAAAUCAUUUCAUGAUGUGUACGUCUCGGUGGUGCACUCCAAUCGCAAAUUUUCCAACAUCCAGAAGAUGAAUUACCUCAAAUCUGCUCUCAAAGGCGAUGCAGCUCUUGUCAUCAGUCAUCUUACAAUAUGUGAGGAAAACUACAAUGUGGCUUGGUCAGCAAUACUGCGUCACUACAACGACAAACGCUCAAUGGUGGCAGCACACAUAGACACUUUCAUGAAGCAAUCUUCGGUGUCUCAACCAUCAGCAGCUGCCAUCAAGAGGUUGCAAACUACUUCAUCAUGUGUCAUCCAGACGUUGGAUUCGCUCUCGGUAUCCCAGAAGGAUCCCUGGAUCAUCAAUCAUGUGCUUUCAAAGCUGGAUCCAGAGACAAAAUCCUUGUGGGCCCGAGAAAAGUUCGAUGACAUCCCAUCUUGGACACAAUUCGAGGAGUUUCUCAUCAACCGUUGGCGUGAGUUGGAACAGUAUGCUCUCUUCAAUCCUAAAUUGUCAGGUAAUCAGGGAAAAAAUUCAAAUAAUUGUGAUCAGAAGCACAAAUCCGAUAAGAAAAAGCUUUCAAGUCACACUGCCUCCAAACAGGAGACACAAUCGCUUUGCCCUUAUUGCCAAAAAUCACCUCACAAGUUGUACAGGUGCAAAACUUUUAUUGCUCUGCCCAUUUCGAAGAGAAUUGAAGCUGUACGCUCUUUAAGCUUCUGCCCAAAUUGCCUUUCUGAAAAGCAUAGCAUUGAAUCUUGCAAAUACCAAUCAUGCAAACUGUGCAACCAGAAGCACAAUCGACUUUUGCACGAAUCACAAAUUGCUUCUGGACCUGUAGAAAGUCACUCUCGUGGGCCCCCAGACAGUAACGCGCCGCCACUGUCAGCAAAUACCUCCUAUCAAUUCAAUCCCAAUACAAUGGUCUCAUCAACUCCAGCCUCUUACAAUUGUGUAGAUGAUGAUGGCAGGGUGAAUUCAAGGGUUUUGUUGGCAACAGCCAUGGUGCUUGCAUACGAUAUUCACAAUCAACCACAUGCUUGUCGUAUGCUCUUGGAUGCAGGUUCUCAGGUUAACUUUGUAACCACCAGUUUGUGUCAGGAUUUGCGUCUCAAACAAUCUACUGCAAACCUUACAAUUGAGGGCGUUGGAUCUGCUACUCAAUACUCCCGUUACACUACCACUCUUCGCAUCUCACCCCUUCACGGGAACUCAAAUGAAGUCUACUCGCUUGAAUGUGCUGUGUUGAGACGCGUAACGAGUGAACAACCAAAUUGGAAUAUUAAUCUGACCAAUAUUCACAUUCCACAGAAUUAUCAGUUGGCCGAUCCUCAAUGGCAUGUCACCCGUCCUAUUGAUAUCCUCGUUGGGGCUGCCCUGUUCUUUGAAAUUGUUGGUGGUCAGAUUCUCCGGUUGGGUGAGGGACUUCCCAUUUUGAGAGAUUCAACUUUGGGUUGGCUUGUAGUUGGCUCUAUCGAUCAACCACAAUUCGCCACAUCCAGUUCCUCUUAUCAAACUGUUGUGUGCAACACAACUUCUGUUGAGCAACUUGAUGCUAGUAUCCGGAAGUUUUGGGUUACUGAGUCCCUUCCAACACAAACUGUAACUGAAAUUGAACACCAGGAAGUAGAAGAGCUCUUCUCUUCCACAACGACACGAUCCGAUGAGGGGCGUUAUGUUGUACACUUUCCCCUCAACGAUAAUGUUUCUAAUUUGGGUUCAAAUCACCGAGCGGCUCUUCGUCAAUUCUAUUCGUUGGAAUCGCGAAUGCGUAAUCAUUACCCUGAUCUUCAUGAUCAUUAUUCUCAAAUUUUUGAGGAGUAUCUGGCUAAGGGUAUUAUCGAAAAGGUUCCUCACGAAGAGAUUCACAAUCCUUCCUUUUACAUGCCCUAUCACUGUGUCAUAAAGAAGGAUGCUCGAUCGACUAAAUAUCGCUUUGUCUUUAAUUGCAGUGCAAAAUCUGAGACAGGUUUCAGUCUGAAUGAUUGCUUGAAAAUUGGUGCUGUGGUUCAGCCACCCCUCUAUUCAGUGCUACUGAGAUUUCGCAGAUUUCCAUUCGCUGUCACAUCAGACAUUGUGAAAAUGUAUCUCCAAAUUCUGCUUCACUUGCCUCAUAAGGACUUGCUAAGAUUCCUAUGGCAAUCAAAGACAGACAAAUGCGUCCAAUCAUAUCGUUUUCGCACGAUAUGCUUUGGAGCUUCUGCUUCUCCUUUCCUCGCAACUCGUGUCCUGGCACAAUUGGCUGCAGAUGAGGGUGAUAAAUUUCCCUUGGCAGCUUCCGUUCUCACGUCUAAUUGUUACGUGGACGAUUGUUUGCUAUCCGUUCCAACAGUUGAAGAGGCAAUUGAAACUAUGCAGCAAUUGACUGCGAUCUUGAAGAGUGCUGUGAAUAAGAAAAAGAAAAAGGGUAAAAUUGAUAAUGAGGAAUUCGAGAAUAUUGAUCCUGCGAAGAAAGAUGAAGAAAUGGAAUUAACUGUUCCAAAGGCAGAAUUGAGUGGGGCACUUCUUGGGGCUGAAUUGUGCUUUGCCAAAUCAACAAUCCCAAUGUAA